AUGAAGAAUUUUAGCCAAGUUCAUGUAUUACAGGUUUCCCUUCCUCACAAGGUAAACACGCUUGCAGACCCAGUGACCGCAGGUCAGCCCGGUCUAAGCCUCCCAGGGUCCCUCCUGAGCUGCUGGAAGGUUCUCCUCCAUGGAAGAUUCUUGAUCCCAGGCUGGGCCCCUGCCCAUUUUCUGAGUUGGGUUGGGUCUCUGGUUCGUCUUCCUGGCGAGCAUGGGACCCAAAGAAAAGUUACUCAUGCUGAGUUCCUAGCCCAGAGAGAUCCUGGCAGGGAAGCCAGGGAUGUAGCGAGCAUGCCGCUGGUGACGAAGAAAAAGAAGAAGAAACCAAAGGAAAGAAGACGCCCUCAGGCCCGAGCUGGAGGCCCUGGGGAUGAGGAUAAUGUUGAUGGAUGGCAGGACCAUCAUCCUAUAGCUCAUGGGCCCCAGAAGUCAGGUCCGGGCCCCAGCCAGCCUUCUACUGUGAGCACAGAAUAUGGAUGUGUAUCCAGAGAAAUCUUGAAGCAGGACUGUGCUGAGAGUCCUAGGGUUACUUCAUGUCCAGAGCAGCCUCCAGAAGUCAUGGUAAAAGCUCAGCUCAAGCCGAGAGUAGAAGAUGACUACAGAGAUAAAAGCCCACUGUCAGAGAACCAAGAUAACUUGUUGCAGCAAGAGGAAGAGAGAUCCCCAGCUGUAUUACACCCGACCUUUAGUGGAUACAGGCAGGGCAGUGAGUCCAUCAGUGUGAAAGGAGCCCCAAUUGAUAGCUCUGCACAUGAAGUGUCGACUCUGCGAGGGGGGUGUUCCCCUUUAUUGGGGCAAGAGAUUAUGAAUAGAGUUCCAAAACCUACAACAGAGAAAGUGCAGUCAAGUCUGACCCUCCCUUCAGUAGCAAACCAUCCAUUAGAAGAUGGUCUGAAAGAAGAGCGUGCUGGAAGUAGAGCUACUGCUCUGCAAGUGUGUCCUAAUGCAGUGGGGGACUUUAGAGGGCGAAGACUAGACACGUGCCCCGAGCCAAAACAAGGAACCAGCCUGCCUGCUUCUAAGGAGCCGAAAGAACAAGAAUUAACCCAGGCUCCUGGGUCACAGUGUGAGCUGUUUAAGACAAUGACAGGUGACGGCAAGAGCAGGAAGGGAAGGGGUCCUGGGAAAGUCAGAGCAGGCUCAGGGAAGUCAGGAGGGAAAUCUGAGGUGCCGUUCCUUCUGGACAGCGACAAGGAGGGGAGAGCCGUACCUUUGCCUAGUGAGCCAGUUUCUGAAACUGGAGUAGUGAGUAUAAAGGAUCCUAGAAGAGGGCUAUGCUUGGAGUCUUCAAAGCAACCAGGGGCCAUUACAGAUCUCAGUGAGGCAGUGCUAAGGGUGGCUAAAGAGGUGGCUGAUGGUGGUGUGGGAGGCACCAUGCAGCCAUUAAUUCCUUUGGAAAGUGGGUCAAGUUUGUCUCAGACUUUGGAUGGUAGGACAGAAAGAAGAGCUGAGGUUAAGAAUGUGGACGUCAGUAACCAGAGCAAGGAAGGGAAGUGUCCUUGGAUGGAUCACGAGUCAAUUCCCUGGAUUACUGAAAAGACUAAAAAGAGAGGUAAUGAAGGCAGAAACAAAAGGUUUAAAAAUAAUCACCCCGUACAGCCCAGCAGAAUGGAGGGCAGAGAGGAAAUUGUCAGCCCACCUUGUAUAGAAAAGCAGAGCAAUGAUGGUAAUGUUGCCCAUAAAAACAGUGUACUAGGGCAGAUUUCCCCUAAAAUACACACUCCUUUGUUCUCACACACGUCAUCUACAGCCACAGAGGAAGUCGCUGGCACCAAGAGUAAGAAGGUGGAGUCUAAUUCUGUUAUACUUGGGGAUCCUGCGGGGAAUGAAACCAACUCAGUCCAAAAUUCUGCUGUUACUACUGAACCAGCUGCCAAGGUGACAGAUGUGAGCCCCCAAGACCCAAUCCAGGGGGCAGGGUUUGUUCCCUUAGUAAAAUCUGAGGAAAACACAGGACAGACUGCAGUGGUUGGGAAACCUAAUAAAAGGAGUAAUGAUGGGAAAUACAAAAAGGUUAAAAAUAGUUUUCCUGAGAAGCAUAUUUUGGAGAUUAAUACAGAUAUAACAAAUCCCAUGAAAACUACAGGAGACUGCAGAAUUGAAGGAUGGGAUAUAUGGAUGAAAAUAGAAAUAUCAUUUACCUCUGGGAGAGCGCCUUCGGGGCUGAUGAGUAAAUCAGCUCCCCUACAGGCUAUAGGAUCGGCAGGCUGUGAAAUGCUGCCCUGUCCUACUCCUCAAGUAGGAAAGGAAGAUAAUUCCUUCCCAGACAGUUCCAGAAAAAGUGAGCAAGAUAAUAAUUUCAAAUUAUUUGCACAAGAUAUGUGUAGCAAAGAUGGAGUCCCAGGUCAAGAAAGGCCCAAGGCUCCCCCUGCUGCUGUGCCCUCCACCACUAGUACAGAAGGAGUUGCUGGGACUUGCACAGAAGCCCAAGAGAAGUUUAGCAGUCUUGGAGAUCACUCUCUUAAGAAUAAAGGUGGGCUUGCUGAUUACAGUGCAAAUGGAGAAGGGCUAACCCCUAAAAGUCAUGCAGUAGGGGAACCUGAGUCAGAGCAGCAUGGGUCCUCUGAGCAUCCAGCACAGCAUGCCACAGAGCCAGCUAACGGAUACUCUUCCUGGUGUGCUCACAGAAAGCCAGAGCCUUCCAGAAGAGGUCAGAGUCCUAGCUCACAUGCAGAUAGUGGUGAUUUGCCAGUGUCUCUGAUGAAGGAAGAGGAGAGAACUGAGAAAGACUCUGCCCCAGUUAGAAACCCUGACCCUCUUAGACAGAAAGCACAGAAAUUCAGUUUGUGUGACGACCAAAAUGAGAAAGAGAGAGAUUCUAAGGGCCCAGAGAGUUUGGAUAAGAAGGUAGAUACAACUCUUUUGCCUCCAGAAAAUGAGAAGGCUAAAUUAAAAGAAACUAAUCUGUCAUGUGAAGUCACAAAAUUGGAAUGCAUUUCCAUGUUAACAACAGAACUUCAGUCUGAUUUCUCGUGUGACAGUGUUGAGGGGGAAAGUAACGUAGUGGUGACUGCUUACAAGGAUCCUCAAGUCCCAGAGUUCAAAGGUAACGAGGUCGAAGCUCCUCAGAAGAUAACAGGGAUGUCAGAACUGAAGGUGCUGGAUGAAAGGAAGAAGGAAGAUAAAAGCAAAAUGGCAGAGCCAGUGAAAGGCUACAUGAGACCCACCAAGUCUCGAGGACUUACUCCACAUCUGCCAAAGUCUGCAAGUCAGGAAAGAGAGAGAUCCAAGCUGCUCAAGUCCAGUGGUAUGACCCUGCCAUGGGGAAGUGUGUUUUCAUGUGGCUUUUGAGUCAGCAUUAAAAAAAGCAAACAGCUUGUACCUUGGUUCCAUUUAGACUCUAAUCAUCCUUUGAUCAUUAGUCUGUUGGCAUGACAAUCUGUGACUGCUACUUAAUGUAUUUUUUUUUUUUCAGCCAAGGCAUGCAUGCCCUGUGUUGAGCUUGAGGAGAUUGAUGACUUGGUUGCAUGCUGUUUUAAUGCAUCUUAAUUUAAUGAAUCUUGAGUUUUAUUGGAAGUUGUGGUGAUGAGGGGAAUACAUUGCAGUCCUCUUAUUUUUAUAUUGGACCUCCUAUGUGUAAAGUUUAGGGAAAGUAUCAGCCAGUAUUUGUUGUAAAUACUUGCAACAGAGAAAAUAUAGAUGGGCUGAGUAUAUGAAACUUGGCUUUAUUUUUUGUUUGUUUAUUUAUAGUAUAUUAAUAGCUUGAGCUAGUGGGAGUAGAUAUCCAAAUUGCUUUCAGAUCAAAUGAAAAUGGUAUGGCUGCAUCUUAUCAUCCCCAGUGGUAGCAUUGGUAGGUAUAGUAUAGACUUCAUGUUUCUAGCAGUUGGGAAGUGAUCUCUCAAGGUACCAGGUAGGCUAGGCUGGUUUUUCAGUUUUGCUGCUUACAGCCAUUAUUAGUAGUUGUAGAUGGAUUAGAGUUUGGGGCAUAGCUUGUGUUCAUUAAACAGUUCAUGAACUUUGCUUAUGAUUCCUCCUCAUUUUGCCCUUUGGGACUUUUAAUAGUUCUCAUAGUUGAACUGAGUUUAAGGUGAAUUUCUCUUAAGGUUGAGCAAUGAACCGGGUGUGUUUGCCCUCCCUCCUUUCGGUACACAUUUAGUCAUAUCCUCUCUGAACCAAACUUUGAGGAGAUUUCAUUGUGUUUGAAGAUUUUUGCAGCCAACAGAUGGUUCUUUCUUAACAAGUUUGCAUGAUCCAGCUACUAACUUGAGAAAUUUAAACACAACAAAAACACCGAUUGUUUUGGGCCAAGCAGCCCAUCAGAUGUGGCUUCAUCGUGCGGUUGUGUUCUGCAUGGUGUGGCCUUGUCCUCAUGGGGAAAGCUGGUGCUGUGCAUGAGUGAGCACCCAGGUUGCAAUACUUGUGGUGUGAGGAAAGUCGAUGCAGAUGCAAUUUUUAUCUUUCUGCUUUUUUCCUUCUCAGCAACUCUAUAAACAGUGCAGAAAAUUAAAUAGAAUAGUGUGUAGAAAGUAUUCCAGAAUUCUACCAUAUUCUUUUGUUUUAGUUCUGCCAUAUUAGUUCUGUCAGUGAUCAAAGGUAACAGGUAAAUUGCUAAGACCCUUAUCAGGAUUUGCAAUCAAAUGAUCAGUAUUUGCAAGGAAUUUUAGAAAGUGGGUUUGUUCUUAAAACCUGCAGAGUUCUCUGGACCCUGCCAGAUGAGCCCUAGUUCAGUGUGUGUGUGUG